UUUUCCAUCAUAGAAGAAGUGACCACCAUAGCAGAAGCUGUUUACUAACUCGAACUAGUAACGAAAAUUGCUGCAUUUGAGCCGCAUUUCGAGCGAUGAAAAUCUGAUCAACUCAAUCCAAGCAAUCUCCGGCACUCGACGACGAGUGAAAACAGCCGAUUUGGUAGGAGUAAGAAAAGGGAAGAGAGAAGAGAUGGCAAACCAAGGUCAAGGCCAAAGGGCGAUGCUGGAGUAUGGAGGGUCGACUUCCGAGCGGAAGCAGUUCAUGGUGAACAACGAGUUCAUGUCGGACGUGGUGUUCGUGGUGGGUCAGCAGAAGGAGCGGAUCUACGCCCACAAGCUGUUCCUGAUCACGGCGUCCGAGUACUUUUACGCGAUGUUCAACGGGAACUUUAAGGAGUCGACGGCGGAAGCGAUCGUGGUGGAGGACGUGGAACCGAAGAUCUUUCUGGAGAUUUUGCGGUUCGUGUACUGCGGUAAGGUAGAUCUGACCUUCGACAAUAUCCACGAGAUUUACAUCCACUCGAGAAAGUAUAUGCUGAUGGAGCUGUUGUCGAUGGCAUCGAACUUCUUGGAGAAGAGCAUCGAGUCCGAGAAUGUGCUGAAGAUCUUCACCCAGAAUCGGUUCUACGGAUUUCAAUUUGUGGACGAAAAGUGUUUGAGACUGAUUAGGAACAAUCCGCUGCUAUACUUUAAUCACGAGGACUUUGGACUGAUAGACUACGAGUCACUGAGGCUGAUCUUCGAAUCGAAGCGGAUCAACUGCACCGACGAUCAGCUGAUGGGCGCGUUGGACGUGUGGGAAAAGAGUCACAAAGACAAGGACAACAUCGACAAGCUCAAGGCCGUCAUCAAGAACUACAAGCGUCGGUACGACUGCGACAAGCUGCGACUGUUUGGGCCAUCUUCCUGUUCUGAACCGAACGAUUUCGGCUUCUCGAUAACCUCGGAUACGAUCGUACACAUGUUCGGCAUCGGGGUCUUCAUCAAGUCUGUGGCCAAAGUGAUCUCGAUCGAGGUAAAAAUCUGGGAAAAUGACGUCGAGAUCGGGUGCGAUCUGUUCGAGUACGAAAACGAAAACUUCCUCACGGUUGACGUCGCGAACCUAUUUUUCGAGGAGAUCGUGCUCAGGCCGCACGAUCGGUACAAGAUCUCGCUGAACAUCACCCCCACGUCGGAGCCGUUCACCAUCCAGAACCCCAAAAUACACCACGAUCGCAUCAAGAUGUCCAUCUCGAACGUCCUGUACGGACGCUGCGACAGCUCGUACAGUGCAAUCGCGCAACUCCACUGCAAGGAACGUCCCUCCAAGGGAGGAUCGCGUGACUGAUUGGACGAUCUUUUUUGUUAGUUAUUUUUUUCCUGCCAGAUCUUAGGUGAAAUUCGUUGAAACACUUUGUUUUUAAAUCUAAUGUAGGUGUACUUAAGCGCGAGGCGCCGAAAUAAACCAGCUGUGAAGCAAUCUGAUGAAAAACGA